AUGGAGAUCAGGUCUGCAUCUCAAACUCCAAGCAGGGACGGUAUAUCAGAUGGCACCCAUCAGGAUAAGGUAAGCCUAGCAUGGUUUUCAUCCGUCUUCAAAUGUGAAGAAGACUUCGCCUCAGAAAGCUCUGCUUGCAACGUGGAAAGCUACAAACGCUACAGUCAUAUCACGGAUCGGACGAAGUAUAUUUUCUGCGACGGGCCUACAAAGAAGUAUCAGGUGCGAAGCUGCCAGAACGUGGACGGCGUUCAGUACGUUUUCGACCAGAAACAACGUGUCUGCGUUUUUCCAAAUGAGAAGCUGAACGCACCGCAGUUGUCGGGUGCUAUUCGUCUGAAAGCGGGACGGUUCUGUCUGGAGACACGCGACUGUCCGUCAUCGAUGGACUGCCGCGAAUUUCGUUGCCGGUGUACGAUGGGCUCCAUUGAAAUCAACCGCUAUUGCUACAACGAGUCGCAGAUAUGUCCAGAUUCCUCGACUACCCUCACUCGCAGCAAAGAGGUCACUCAGUGCAGAAACGAUACGGACUGCGCUAGCCAAACCGGACACGUGUGUCGGAAACAUCAGCUGCAAGAACCAGUCAGUAUUUGUUGUCCAACGCGGAAUCAAGAAGUCUGCUGGCCCUGGGCUCCACAGCUUAAGAACGGCGUUCUUGUCGGCUGUUCUCCUACCGCGUCGGACUCGUGCGACAGAGGUUUCAGUUGUGAGUUCGAUCGUUCUAGCUUUAAUCAUUACUGUUGUCUUAAACGUACAUCGCCAGAAUGGACAACAACCCAAACGCCUCCCACUACGACACUGCUCUAUUCCUUGACUCUCGAACCUUGUUACCGCGCCGAAUCGUACCUGAUCAACGGACAACCGCUGAGCUGCACACCCGGAUCACAAGACGGCUGUCCGGAUGGCUACCUCUGCAGCCUUCAUAAAACGAUUAACAUAGGAUUUUGCUGUGGUAAACCAAGCCGGCCAUUCACCGAACAUGAGCCAGAAUCCGUGAUAAACCGGCCGUCAUUUAAUGACGGUUGCCCACCUCGCAUGUUUGCUUUGCGCAACGCCGACGAGCAGGUGAUCGAAUGUGAUAUCCGUCAGAAGAAGCCCUGCUACAACGACGCAAUUUGCCAGUACAAUUGGAUCAAGCAAGGAUUCCAGUGUUGCUCAUCAGAGCGUAUGUUCGAGUCUCCCAUCCCUCAAACGUGGCCUUCCUCCCCAGCUGCCGUGCAGACGUCAGUCGAAAAGCUCUGUCCACGUGGAGAGCCCGCCCAACGCGACAGCCGGAUGAUCCGGUGUGACUUUACGAGAAACGUCUGUCCGGCCAGCCACGAAUGCGUUUCAGUAAGCAGCGGCUCGAUGAAGGCAUCUGCUUGUUGUCCCAAACGAGAAUUCAUUUGUAAGCAGCAAGUGCACGAAGGCGCCUACUGUCCCCCGGAACGAAACGUCCGUCCAAUAGUGCGCUAUUAUUUUGACUUUCCGAGCCAGCGUUGCCGCCCAUUUCCGUUCUUCGGCUGUGACGGCAAUGGCAACAACUUCGAAAGCAUCAAAGAGUGCGAAGAGUUCUGUUCCGGCUUUGAUGUCCCAGCGGUGGCAAUGGCGAGCGUGGGUAUGGCAGCACAACUGUCGCUGAAGGCCUCCAAAACCACCGUUCCAUUGUGCUUCUCUCCUAACAGCGAGGUACCCUCUGAACUGAUUGACCAGGAGUGUGAGCCAGGCGCCGUCGCCAGCUGUCCGAUCGGCCACUUCUGUGAAAAGGCUAUCAACGUUGAGAAGCAUGUGUGUUGUAGGCGGCGACACGCCGCUGAUUACAACGGAAUCUGCCCCGCUGACAAAAAGCCGUUCAUCGAUUUGACGACCGACAAGCCUCAGGAAUGCAAUCGUCCUUUUAACGCUUGCCCCAAAAAUCAUGAGUGUACGUUCAGUGAUCUCAGGUCAAAAUUCUUCUGCUGUCCUUCCCAAAGCAGAGAAGCGAAAGCCAUAUCCGCUAAAACACACUGCCAUUACGGCAACCCAUUGUACUACACGAACACCGAUUUGCCUCUAUCCUGUAGUAUCUUCAAUGACAAGUGCAUCGACGGCUACAAGUGUAUGCCCUCGCUCCUAAAUGAGGAAGCGUUUUUGUGUUGUCCGCAGGAAGAGAAAGUAAUUAUGUUGUACGAGUCUCCUUUGGUGUCGACCCAAUCCCAAUCUGCCAGGGAGGAGGUGCGACGCGGUCGUCGGUUCAUAAAACUUCGAGGAAGACAAACUCAUGUUUGGUCGAACUCGUAUCCGCAGCAGAUUUCCUAG